AUGGCGCAGCUACAACGGCCAUGCGGGCAGGGUGCCAUUCUGCUGCUGCCAGACUCAGCCCUCGUCCACCUCUUCAAGCUGCUGGCACCGGCAGAGCGGCAGGCCGUCAUCCCGCUAGUCUGCCGCCGCUUCAGGGCCCUGGCCAACAUCCCCAGCCCCCUGUGGGAGCAGGUGCACCUGGCCUUCCCAGCAGACUUCCAGCAGACCCUCUCCAUGGCCCACCUCUACCAGUUCUUCGUGCGCCGCGAGGGAGGGGUGCUCAGCCUGCACGUGGAGAUGAGCACGGCGGCGGCGUGGCCCGCCGUGCUGGCGGUGCUGGGCGUCGUCGGCCGCGGCCUGCAGCACCUGCGCGUGGCGGGCGAGUCCAGCGAGUGCCAGGUGCCGGGGUGCACCGCGCCGUGGCUGGAGCUGGCGCCCAACCUGGAGAGCCUGGAGCUGGAUGAUGUGGUGGACCACAGCAUAGCAGAGGCGCGCUUCCCGCAAGGCCUCACCCGGCUGGAGCUGAGCUACUGCGGGGACGAGGGCCUGUACACCGUGCCUGCAAACCUGGGGCGGUGUACGCAGCUGCACACGCUGGCGCUGCAGUGUGCCAUGUUUGAGAACGAACUCACGCUGGAGCGCCUGGCGGCCUGCACCACGCUGGAGCAUUUGGACCUUUCCAACUGCUGCCUGUCGCGCGUGCCGCCCGUGCUGGCGCGCCUGCCGCGCCUCACCAGCCUGACGCUGAACGAGAACGACGGGCUGGGCGCCUCGGACAGGGCGCUGGCGCCGCUCUCCAUGCUGACCAGCCUGCGCGUGCUGGAGAUGCGAGAGUGUGGCCUGCGUGCGGUGCCCUCCAGCGUGACGGCGCUGACCUCGCUCCAAAGCUUGCUGAUGGGUUACAACAACAUGACCGAGCGGCCUUUCAUCCCACCGGGGCCCUACCUGGCCAGCCUGCAAGUGCUGGCCCUGAGCGAUGCCAAGGGCUUCCAGGAUGACUGCCCCUUUGAUCUGCUGUCGGAGCCGCUGGCCCCCGCCGCCAACCUCGAAGUGCUGCGUAUCAACCGCUGCAUGGGCCUGCAGCUCAACAUAGAAGAUGUGGCGCAGCUGCUGGCGGGCAAGCCUCGCUUCCGCAAGCUGGAGUUCACCGCAGACAUGCUGUCGGAUGCGCGGGACCUGGAGGCGCUGCGAGCCCACUUCCCGCAUGUCACUUUCAAAGCGGUGGAGUGA